AUGGACUCGAGCCGGACGAUCUCAGAAGCUAAAUCCGCUUUCUUGCGCACUCAAGUUCGCAUCUUAUCAGAGACCCUAGCACCGCCCGACGAUUGGAAGAACUAUGCAGUGGAGACGGAAGACGGUGAUCUGCCUGAGAAGGUGAUCUCAGAUGUAUUGCACAAAGUGAAUGUGGCUACCAAGCAACACCAUCGCGUCGUUUACUCGUCGCAAGCCAUUCAUCACGUCGCCCAGCAGAUUGCCAGUCUUUACUGGUCUUCGGUCAACCAAGAGACACCUAGCAGAACACCUUUCACUGAGGGCGUGGAAAAAAGUACAGACCUUUCCCGGCAUAUGCUGCCUAUCCUUUGGCCACGCUCUACGGUCUUCCGAAUCCUGCUCACCAUUCGCAGGAAUCUCAUAAAAGUACCGCACGAUGUUGAAUCAUUAGGUGCAAGUGAUGAUACGAACGCAAGAUAUCAACAGCUACGAGAACGACUGCAAACGUUGGAUGAAAGACGGCAGCAGCGUCAGCAGAGGCUUGAUCAAUUGCGGCACCUUCAGCGGCUCCUUGAUCCCUUCAAGGAUGCGCAAAAAAACAUUCAGCCCAACCUUGUCACUCGUGAUGGAGAAUUGAUUCAAGAGCUUGAGAGGAUGCGCAUGCUUGCCGCGCGCGUCGGGGGGCGUAUCUCGCAGCAAAAACAAAAAAUACGCCUCGACGAUGGAGAACGUUCAGAUUAUCUACUUCCGGGGUCAUCUUCAAGGUUAGACUCUCUGUUGGACAUGGAAUGA